AAAACGUUGUUUUCCGAGAAGCAACGUGAUGUGGACGCUUUGACCCUGAACCUGACAAAGCAUACACACACACAAAAAGAAACACGCCCCCAUCCCACUGCCAGCAAGGAAGGCUCUGCUGAAAACUGGUUUUGCUUUGACUGUCUUUUAAAUAGCUAACCGGGUCCUGACAGAAACACAGCCCCAGCCCUGUGAAGGAAACAAGCAGAAAGCAACGCAGCUUGCGAGUGAGUGCGCACGCCUUAGAGAACGAGACCGAAUCAAAACCAGGCAUGGGUCCGCUGAUGGUCAACGUCGACAAAUGGAUCGAGGAGAACGAGGCUUCGUUUCUGCCACCCGUCUGUAACAAAUUAAUGCACUUCUCCCAGUUAAAUGUCAUGUUUGUCGGGGGCCCGAACAUGAGGAAUGACUACCACAUUGAAGAAGGGGAAGAGCUGUUCUACCAGCUGAGAGGUGACAUGUGCCUGAAGGUGAUUGAGAACAACACACAGAAGGAUGUGCUCAUUCGAGAGGGAGAGAUGUUUUUGCUGCCGGCCCGGAUCCCUCACUCCCCGCAGAGGCAAGCUGGCACCGUGGGGCUGGUGAUCGAGAGGCAGCGACUGCAGAGCGAGACAGACGGGCUCAGGUACUACGUUGACAAUUCCACUGCCGUUCUGUUUGAGAGAUGGUUUUACUGUGAGAACCUGGGAGUGCAGCUGGCACCGAUCAUCAGCGAGUUUUUUAGCUCUGAGCAGUACAGAACAGGCAAACCAAACCCAGAGGAGCUUCUGAAACAGACACCCUUCCCUUUCAACAGCACCCAUGUGAUGACUCCUUUCUGCUUCAAAGAGUGGAUUGACAAGCACAGGCAGGAGCUGAGUAGGAGACCCUCCCUGGACAUGUUCGGGGUGCAGUUUGAGACAGAGACUAUGCUAUAUGGGGACGGAGAAAGUGAAGGAUGCAAACCCUAUGCAGACAUCUGGAUAUGGCAGCUGGAAGGCACGUCACGGGUGACACUGGGGGAAGAAAGCGUCACACUGUCAGCGGGAGACAGUUACCUCAUCCCCGGGCAGAACAAGUACCAGUGGAAGAGAAGUGAAGGCUGUAUUGCACUGUAUGUAGUACAGGAUCCUGAGAGAAAGAGACCACACUCCUGAAGAUGACCCUUCAGUCUGGAUCUGCAGAGACUGCUUCAUCACAUUCAACUUGAUACAUUCAUUACAAUAAUAUCAUUCAGGGCUGUGCCAAACUCGCUGCACGUACUCGGAAUCAUCUUUAACAAGUAUUUAUCUGCAGGUAUUCAAUAAAUCCAUUCGCUACUGUGUUGAUUUCAAAACAAGAAAAUCUGUCCUUCCCCCAUGUUUACAAUUGAGUACCAAUCAAUGGUUUAAAAGCCACAAUAGGUAUGCUAACGGCACCUGAGCCUUUCUAAAAGUGGGUGGCCAAGGUGGGGGUAGGUAUGAAGUAUUUCUAUGGAUAAAUGAAUCCAAUUUAACAACUGCUUCAAAUAUUGAAGCAGGUUAUAUGGGUAUUAAAGUUUACAACAACACUACGACAGCUACGACUGCUAAUAAUAGUGAGCUUGUUACCUGAAUGUCGGGCAGUGAGUGGUAUCUCACAAACACCGUUUAACUUACAAAAUAAAUUCAAUGUUUGUUUUGUAAAACAAACAAAACAGAAAAUGUCCAUGUACAGCAUUGAUAAAUAAUAUAUUGAUAUAGAAUAUUAAACUGCUGUCUACAGUAUUUGUUUAGCUUUAUAACCUAUGGACUAUUUUUUUUUUUUUUACAGUUCUACGGUUAUUUACAGCUCUGGAUACAAAUUACAUGAAAUGGUAACAAAUGUUUCAACAUGUUUCAACAGUUCUGUAGUGUUAUAAGAUGAUGAAUGUAGCAGCAUUCGCUACCUCACAUAAACUCGGCUUCUCUGUGCUCGUUCUCUCCCAUGUGAUUUGUUAAAAGCUUCACUGUUCCUCUGUAGAAGCUGGCAGAGCAGCGUGAGAAACGUUACGAUUACUGUCUGUCAACACAGUCCCGGUGUCGUCUUAAUCUGUGGAUUUAUUUGACUUAUCUGUGUCACUGUGUUUUGGAAGAACGAUGAGAUUCAAGGUAUUACAAAUAUACACAUAUAUAUAUAUAGAGAGCCAGCUGCCCUAUAUAUAUAUAUAUAUAUAUAUAUAUAUAUAUAUAUAUAUAUAUAUAUAUAUAUAUAUAUAUAUAUUAUUUCUUUCUUCUCGUUGUUAAAAGUGGGUGGGCAGGGACCCCCUGUCGUGGGCAUUGACUCGCUGGCCCACUCGUCUCCGGUGCCUAUGCGGUACGCUGGUAUGCCAGUAAGCAAUGACAGCGCCCUGGGUGAGAGGAAAAGAAUCUUCAUUGCCAUUGAUUGGUACGGAUUGUAAAUGUGAGGGAGGGCAGCUUCUCUUGUUUUGAAGUCAUUACGGUAGUAAAUGGAUUUAUUGAAUACCUGCUGAGAAAUACUUCAGUCAAUCCCGAGUAUGAGUAAUGUGUUUUGGCACACCCCUAGUAAUAUCCAUAUAGUUAAUCAUUCCUGUCCAGUAAUUCUGUACAAAAGAUACAUUAUUGUAAAACAUUCUUUUAGAUGCUUUUUGUAUUACUUUUAUGAUAUGUGAUGAUAUAUUAAGAAAACAGUAUGUUUUAAUAUACAGUAUUAAAACAAACAAUUCAUGCAAAAUGAA